AUGUCGAAGCCGGAGAGAGCUCGAAUUGUCCACUUGGCAGCUCAACGAGAGCGGGCCAAAGAGGAUAUUGAGAUGCAGAAGAAGAAGCUGGAGGACGAAAGAAGAGCCAGUAGGUUUUUUAGUAUCCUUUCGCUUCCCUAAUAGCUUUUAUAUUUGUAUUAUGACGUUUGCCUUAUUUUGUAUUGUAAUAUUGUAGUAGGCGUCAAUGAUGUUGUUGUAAACAAUGACCUUAGCGUUUAUUUACAGUUCAAAACGGCAUUACCGACAAAUUCACGGCCAAUGUGGUGAGCACAGAGGACCCGCUGAUGCCAAGCACGGCUGGUUUAAUAACUUUGGAGAAGAUUCGAGAGCAAAAGAUGGCUUUAAAGGUGGAACCAAAGGAAGAAUCUAAUGGCAAUGUUGUUGAGAAGACGGUCAAAGAGGAAGAGGAGAAGCCCAUCAAGAUUCAGGUAUAGUUUUAUUUUUCUUUUUUUGAUCUGUUGUAGUUUAGAAAAGAGUUUUGUCCUUCGGAUUUGAUGAUGAUGGAGAAGAAGAGCCGAUUGUCUUGCCAAAGAAGAGGUUGGGUAUGAAUCCUGAUGUCGACACUUCCUUUUUGCCCGAUAGAGAACGAGAACUAGCAAUGAUAAAGUAGGAUUUCCCUCAAGGUAUUAAUUGAGAAGGUAUUUUUCUUCAGAAAACGAGAAGAAUUGGCCAAAGAAUUCAAGGAGAAAACUGAGAAGGAAAAAAAUGAAGAAAUCAACGUCGCUUUUUGUUAUUGGGACGGUUCUAGCCACAGGAGGGAUACCAAGAUGAAGAAAGGAGCCACCAUCUCUCAAUUUUUGGUCAGAGCAAUCGAAGUAAGUCGAUUGAUAAUGUAAUUUUUGUCUCGAAAUUUAUGUUUUGGUAUUGUGGUUGUUGCUUCUCCAUCUGUUCGUCCCAUUGGCCCUUACUCUAAGCCUAAGAAUUAGAUUUUCGGAUCUCGGCGACGGAAUCUUCGGAUUCUGACGCUCUCGGACUUCGGUCAUUGCCUUUGGGAAAGGGAUCAAGAGAAGAGAUGAGGAAGAAGUCUUGAGGGCUGUGACGUAAUACUCGCGGCAUCUCGGCUUUAGACCAAGUCGAUUCGAUGCUUGAUCUCUUCGGAACGGAUGGUAGAUCAAGUUUUUCAUUCAGUUGGGUGCUGGUGUUUUCUUUAUAAAUGCUGGAUAACUGGUGGAAACAACAUUUAUUUUGCUGUAACAUGUGUUCUCAAGAGUUAUUUUUUCCUUUGCUGUCGUUAACAAUGAUUUCACAGCCUAAUUUGAUAUUGCUUCCCAUUUCUUGGCGAUUAUGUACGUUAACCAUGUACAAUAUUUCAGAUUCUCCGAAAAGAUUUCGCGGAGUUCCGCACAGUCACAACUGAAGGCCUGAUGUUUGUCAAGGAAGAUCUGAUCAUCCCUCACUUUUACACGUAUGUCCAGCUCUGUUUUGACUUAUUGUCAGAGUUUGAAAAAUUUCAGUUUCCAAGACUUUAUCGCCACGAGAACGAUGGGAAAAACCGGACCUUUAUGGCAGUUUGACGCGGUCGGAGAGAUCAGAUUGAGGUCAGAAUAUAAAGGAGUUUCUCAUUUCAUUUUUUUUAUAUUGUACUAGCCGGAUAUUAGUAAUUUUUUCUCUCCUUCAAACGGAAGUUUAAUGUUGAUAAUUUCAGACAAGACGCGGCUCUGGAUAUUGGGGAGUCCCAUCCAGUCAAAGUUGUAAUGAGGAACUGGUACGAAAAGAACAAGCACAUUUAUCCAGCCAGUCGAUGGGAGGCGUUCGUUGCCAACAAAGAUUAUCAAAGAACCACGGUGGAUUUGAAUGAAAUUUAG